AUGACCAAAGCCGCGAUUUCUCUUCAUGUUCUAGAAGCCUCGAUUGACCUAGAGGGCAGAAAGACAGGCAAACAAAAAGUGAUUGAAGACAGCGUAGCCCAAGCACACCCCAAGCACGCAUCUGAUAUGCGAAGCCGCGGUUGCCAGAAGAAGUCGCUGCAGCUUGUUGAAACCAUCGCCCGGUAUCUUUCUAAGACUGGUAUGACGGACUACUGGAUCUGCUGCGGGUAUAAUAUGCUAAUGAGCAAGUGGCGGGUCUCCGUCAUCUUUGGCAAGGAAGGAAUGAGCAACGAGGCACGAAUGGAGACUCGUGGGCAGAUCAUCGCGCGGUUUUUGGGUGUUCAGCCUGACAGGGAUACGGCAUUGGUGAAGAACGGGGAGGAUCUUUCUGCACGACGUAAGCUUCUGCAGUUCACCUCAAUCCGGGAGCCCUCGUGGUUCUAUCUGACCAGGCUGCGGGUGCAGGAUGGACUGCCGGUUUACGUGAUGGGCGAUGGAAUUGAUUAUACCAAAGAUGUCGCGGCCAGUGCCAAGGAGGCCGACAAGGGCUCGGUUGUGACACUGCGUGAAGCUCUUCGGAUAAUGAAACAACCCAGCCGAACCGAGUGGCUUGAGCAGAUGAUGAUAUGUCCAGAUCCGAUUGCGGCAAACCUCUUCGCGUGA